GAUUAGAAGUACACCUUAUAUUGUGGAAGUUUUGAGAAAAAUAAAUACAACUUACAUAAAGGAACGAAGAGAGUAUAAUUUUGUGAUAUGGGGCGAACGCCCGGAAGUAGGGUUUAAGCAGUCAGCUGUUGAUGCUCCAAGAAUCGGUCUCCGCCUCUCCAAAUAAAUUCCACCGACAGCCAAAAUAAUCCCAAUAACGAUCUGUAGCACGUCGGCGACAAUGGCCUCCUCCCUCCGUGUCUUCUGCGCCGGCGGAGUGACCGCCCUUCCCGCACCGAGCCGCUCCACCAAUGCCUGCGCCGCCCCCUUCCUCGUCGGGCGCAGAAGCAGCAGCAGCACGCACCAGGCAAGCGCUGCCCUGACGCCGUGCCGCGCACGCCCUAGCACUUCGGACUUGCGAUCCUGGUGGGCGGCGGAACUUACCCCGGAAGACAUCUCUUUCGACGACUUCCCCGAGCCGACAACUGGGCGCGGCCAGGAAGAGCUGCGCGCCAUAUGGAAAGCCCUCGUCACCGACCCCCUACAGCCCGUCCUGCUCGCCAUGCGCGAGGUCAGGGCCUCCGGCCACUUCUUCCGCUGUCGCAGCUUCCAUGCGGGGAUAAUCUGUGGCCCCUUGCUACUGGCUGCUGCUUUCUGCCAGCUCGGCAAAUUAGCGCCGAGGUUUUGCAUCGAUAUAAGUCUUGGAUAUAUAUUCUACAAGUUAAGUGUCUUGGCAGCAGAGUUGAAAAGAAAUCGGAAGGCAAACAAUAUAUGUGCUCGGAUACAGCUCGGUAAGUUUUCAAACUCAAGAUGUUGCUUAGCAGGUGUUUAUAGUGGAGGAAACAACUAGCAUAUCAAAUUUCGAGAUAUUGGAACCAAUAAUUUUUCCUUUAUAGUUCCUUCUACAUUCUAUGAAGCGAGCAGUUCCAUAGGAUCUAUCGAGGACUACUACUCACUCUUAGAAAAUCUCCUCUCUUUUGCUCAAAGAAAAUUACGUUCUUCAGUGAGAAGUCCAGACACUCCUUAAAAAAAAAAUCAUUUGAACGCAAAAAUGUUCUUUUGGUUUUUGUUAUAGAUAUGUAAGAAAUAGAUAGAAAUAAGAUUGUGUCCAAUAGGAUGUGAACUUGUACUGAAUGUCUGGAAGAACUCUGUCAUUAGACAAUAGACGCUUUGUUCUCGUAUUUUCUUCUUUCUUUUCAUUUUGAUUACUCUUGUUUUAGCUUUUCUCGUUCACUUCGUUUUUCAUUGAGUCAUUUGUAAAUUGGGUCGUCUAAAUUAUAUUUGCACCA